AUGGAGACCUCCUCAUUUAGCAGCUUUUGGAAUUGGUAUCUUAUGAGGCUCUUGCCGGGGUGGCCCCACUACCAAUCUCCUUACGACUAUGGUUUCUCUCUCUUGUUAGUGUUUCUGCUCACCUUCACUGCUGAGUUCUGCUCCAACUACCCCGUCAGCCGACGAAGCGAUCCGAGGGUGGCUGCGCUGGGUGGCGCCGCCUUGCGGGCGCUUCAGAUGUUCAUGACUUACUUGGCCAUCAUAGCCAUAAUGGCCACCGAUUUCGUCUUCUUUGCAGCAGCGGUGGCUGGACAUGCCGCCGGAAAUCUUGUUGCUGGUCUCUAUCAGUAUCAUAUUGAAGAGGUCGAGUCUGCGUUGUAUGACUGUAGCUGUGGAAAUUAUUAUACUGUGUGA